CAGACAAACGCAGUAAUAACCCACGCAUUCGUUCUCUUUGCAUUUUGCAUACCAAACAGAUUUUGUGCAAAGUUAGGGCAACACUCUCACAUCUGCUGAAAAAUUCGCAGCAAUUGAUCGAAGAUGAAGAGAAUUUCUGGCAAUGGUAUUAUUCCUUUAAUCUCUUUCUUUCCUACUCCCCAUUCUUCUACUACUACAAUAAAAGCUUAUUCUUCAUGCCAUAGUAACAAGUCCAUUUUAGUAAAGGGUAAACAUGGGUUAAAUAGCAAUUUUGACAAUGUCAAGUAUUUAGAUGAUGCUGUGACCCUCUUCCAUCAAAUGGUCAGAGUGCAGCCUCUUCCUUCUGUUGUGAACUUCUCUAAAUUAUUUAAGACUAUGCUAAAUUUGAAGCAUUACCCUGCUGUCAUUUCUCUUUUUGGAGAAAUGCAGAAAUUGGGUAUCCCAAUUGAUGGAUUUAUCUUGAGUAAUGUGAUUAACAGCUAUUGCCUGAUGUGUCGUGCUGAUUGUGCAUUUUCGGUGUUACCUAUUUACUUGAAGAAUGGCAUUCCAUUUAGUGUUGUCACCUUUAGCACCCUAAUUAGGGGAAUCUUUGCUGAAAAUAAGGUUAAAGAUGCAGUUGAAUUGUUCAAAAAAUUGGUCAGAGAGAAGAUUUGUGAGCCCGACGAAGUCAUGUAUGCAACCAUCAUGAAUGGGCUUAGUAAAAGGGGUCAUACUCAAAAAACUCUAAGUUUGCUACGAUUAAUGGAGCAAGGGAACACUAAGCCCAACAUGUAUAUUUACAGCAUUGUUAUAGAUGCUCUAUGCAAAGAUGGAAACGUAGAUAUUGCUGUCAACCUUUUGAACGAGAUGAAGCUGAAAGGCAUUCCUCCAGACGUAGUCACGUAUAGUUCGUUGAUUCAUGGUUUGUGUAAGCUUGGUCAGUGGGAAAAGGUUAGGACAUUGUUCUCUGAGAUGGUAAAUCAUAAUAUAUAUCCAAAUGUGCGCACCUUCAGCAUGAUGAUUGACGGACUAUGCAAACAAGGGAAAGUUGAAGAUGCCGAGGAGAUAAUGAGACACAUGAUAGAAAAAGGUGUAGAGCCUGAUGUAAUCACCUAUAGUGCGAUAAUGGAUGGAUAUUGUUUGCAUGGUCAAGUGGAUAGAGCGAGGAGAAUUUUUGAUAUCAUGAUAGAUAAGAGCAUUGAGCCUGACUUUAUUUGCUAUCACGUACUAAUAAAUGGAUACUGUAAGGAAAAGAAAAUGGUUGAGGCAAUGCAAUUAUUUCGUGAAAUUUCUCAAAAGGGAUCAAAACCUAAUACUUUUGUCUACACUACUAUCUUGCAAGGUCUAUUUGAAGUUGGAAGAAUAGGUGAUGCAAAAAAGAUCUUUGCCGAGAUGCUAUCUACGGGGCCUACACCUAAUUUGUACACUCAUUGCACUUUGCUCAAUGGUUAUUUUAAGUACGGACUUGUUGAAGAAGCCUUGUCUCUCUUUAAUAAGUUGGAAAGAAAGAGAGAAGUUACUGAUAUUGUAUUUUACAAUGUUGUCAUUAAUGGAUUGUGCAAAAAUGGUAAACUUGAUGAAGCUCAUGCGAUUUUCGAGAAGCUUUCUUUAAUGGGAUUGCUUCCGAAUGUUAGAACGUACAAUACUAUGAUAAAUGGAUUUUGUCUUCAAGGGUUGUUAGAUGAAGCUAAAGAUAUUCUAAGAAAGAUGGAAGAAAACGGUUGUUUACCGGACAAUGUCACUUACAAUGUUAUUGUGCAAGGAUUUCUUAGGUGUAGCAGAACUAGUGAAAUGUCAAUUUUCAUGAAGGAAAUGGCUGGAAGGGGCUUCUCAGUUGAUGCAACUACAACUGAGUUAUUGAUAAACGUUAUAAGGGAGAAUCCUUCCGUCCUUGACAUGAUACCAGAGCUUUACUCGGAAAAUAAGAAGUGAAUAUUUCUCCCCUUUGGUUUAUUCGGCUAUGCUAUGGCUAUGAUACAAUUUCCUUUUUAUCCCUGCAAAAGAAAUGGCAUCCAGUGCAAUUGCAGAAGUUGAUAGCAAUUAGAUCGUUGCUUGAGUUUUCUAGGCAGGCCAAUUAUGGAGAUUAGUAAUAUUGUCAAGAUAAAGUUCAUUGGUCCUACGAAGGACCUAUUCGAUUGGGAGUUUGAAGAUGUCCAAUGGGUCAUGCUAGGAUGCAUUAAACUUGCACUAAGCAGUCUUCAUCAAGGGUGAACAAGCACUACGUGACUGCCAUACCUUUCUGCUUUUUCUGGUCUAUUUGGAUGGAGAGAAAUGGUAGAUGUUUGAGUGACAAGAGAAGCAAGAAUAAAAAAGGGAAGAUCAUCCAAGUCAAUCAAAGUUGGGGACGUUAUGACAGAAGAGUUAUAUUCAGGUACUUUUUCGACAGAAGCACAGAGAAGGGACAGAAAUUAUAAUUGUUUUCUACUUGGAUUGAGAGGAAUGACAGACAUCUCAAAUGACAAUCCUGUACUUGCGGUGCAGGAAGAAUCUUUGUUCAGGCUUGUGGCUUAUAUGGGAUUUGGCCCUCAAGAUCAUGAAGCAGCACUCAAGAUUGUGGCUUGGAUUUCUUUUAUUGCAGCAGGAUCGAAUAAGGGAGAAGCUGAAUUUUUGGUGUGAUAAAUUGCAGCCUAAAACACCGAUGAAUCUGCUCAUUUGAAGCACAAAUUUGUGAGGAUUUGCAGCACAAAAAUGAAGUCAUAUUCAGCAGCAUUGAGCAUAAAACUAUAGCAGCUAAGUUCGACAGAGAUGGCAUAUUUAUUCCAGCUGUUACCUCAUCCUAAUGGCCAUCAAGUCAUUCAGCAAACGAGAGAAAAAAAGCAAGUGGGUCACCUCUCUUGUCAGUGACUUCCAUUUUUAAUUUCGCUAGAGUUUCUUAUUGUAACAUUAAUUUAGAGCAUUCUAUAAGCUCCAGAUUGAUGCUAGAAAUUUGAGAAAAAGGACCAAAAUAGUCAUUUAUCCCGUUUGGAUUAGCUGAAAAAAAGUGACUUUUAAGCACAAGUGUUUAAAGUACUUUUAAGUGCUGAAAGUUAUUUUAUAAAUAA